AAGCUGUGACGUCACAAUCAAUGAAAUGUCAAAAUUUGGCUCUAAUUUUUGUUGAUUUGAUUUUUGAACGCUGCCUCCAACUUGUUGUAAUUUUUUAGGACACAACAUAACAUUUAAUUGCUCUACCGUGGACAGCAUUCACGUUACAAGCAUGAGUAAUUCACCCAGUGCCAGUUCUCCUAAAUUCAAAAAUUUAAGGAAGAAACAAAGAAGCUCACCUAUGGAAUUAAAAGAAAAAAUACGGAAGAACUACAAGGACAAGAUUCAAAAUUGCCGUGAAACCCUAAUGAAUAGGUUCCGUGGCACAGUAGAGGAAUUCGCUCUGCACAAUACUUUGACUGAAAUAUAUAAUAAUAUGUUUGACUUAUCAAAUGUGCCUCAAGUUGAUCAUGAAGACGUAGAAGUUUUAGAAGAAAUAAAAAAUGAACUGAUUCAGGAGGAAAUGGACUGGUAUUUGGAAGAAUAUGAAAAGUCUCAAGUGGAUGUUGAUUGGUCAACAAUUGAACAAGAAAAUAAUGUAAUAUGUCCAAUUUGUCAGAAAAAAAAUCUUUGUCUUGAAAACUGUGACCUAACUUGCUUACAUUGUAAAAUCACUAUAAAAACCGAUAAAUCAUUAGCUGAUGUUAAAAAAUCAAUUUUAUAUUCAUUAGAAAAACAUAGUGCAUUAUGCAACCAUGAAUUCCAAUUUGUCUUAGUACCAGAAUCACAUGAAAGUCACAUCUACUUAAUUUGUAGUGGUUGUCAAGAAAUGCAAAUUGUUGUUUGAUUUGAUGUUUAAAAAUAAGAUUUAAGUGAUAUAUUUUU